AUGCUUUUCUCGGAUGAAAGGUAGGUCAGUGAUGAUAAAUAGGUGGAGGUACAAAGUAGUGAGACAAAAAAAUAAGCUAUUUAGUGGUUUACAAGCAAUAAAUUCGGUCUACUCGCAAUUAUCAACAAGAAUUAUAGCCUAAUACAAUUUUUCGACUGCAUUUGGAAUCAUACCGAGCUGGCACUCGCUAAGACCAUUGAUCAAGCAUGGUGAGUAGCUGGGCAUUUUAUUGUAAUAACUGUAAUCUUGACUCAGGAUUGACCAAAUGGUGGAUUGCUCGCAAAAAGUCGGAACACCACCAUUUAUGGCAGUUGCCAACACUCUGUUGAGAAAUCAACUUUACUAUGGAAAUGACAGUCAGAAAUGUAAGCGUUGUUUUAGAUUUACUCUCACUAAUGUAAUGCUGUUGUAAUUUCAGUCGAAGCGGAUGCAUCGUGCCUCUAUAAAUUCUCUCGAGGACAAAAGGACUCGACUUUUUUCCGUACAAUCGAAACACCUCAGGUCUUCCAUAGUCCAGAAGAGGCUUGCCCGUUCGUAAGCCCCUUUUCGGAUCAUUUCACUAAACAGUUUAGAUUUCUUCGGCUAGCCACAGAAUUUUACUGUGAAGCGAUGAAACAAUGUGAAAGUGCGAGGAUUCUAAUAGAAGCGACGUAUUUGAGUGCUCACAUUCGAGUACAAUGGGAUGUCGAAAUUCCAUUUGGUUUUAUGGAGUAAGCAGGACUUGUCAUACAAAAAAUUUUAUUUCAGCUGCCCUGACUCACCUAUUAAAAUUACACUAAACGAAAAGGUGCUGACAGAGGAUUUUGACGUCAUCAAAGAUGAGAUGAUUCUCUUGGCCGAGUGCCCAAUGAAUAACUGA